UUAAUUAGGCGACUGAUGCGGGAUUAAGUUGCAGUGACAGGCGGCCGUGAUAGAGCAGACGGCUGAAAUCCAGGAAUCUCUACACAGGAGAAGGCUACCUUACAGUGCAAACUUUGUUUGAGCUAGUAUGUUAGAUUUUUGACAGAAAUGAAGUCUCAACCGACAGUGGUCAUGCUUUUGGUAAACUAAAAACCCACCACAGCGACAUCUGGAUACUUGUAAAAAUGCACCACGGAGGAAAAUUAAUUUUGCUCACGUUUAGCAUCAUAAUAGGGAUUACAUGUAGUGACUCCAGAAAAUCACACAAGAUGAGCUCCAGCAGUGAGAAUGAGUUUGAGAAGAACAUGAAAGUCCUGAUAGAGAACAUCAGAUCUCUGUCUAAAGAAGAAAUAAGUGGAAAGACCCCACCAAACCUUCAUCAGACCAUGAGGAGAAUGGCAGCCCCCAGUGAAAGAAUCGCAAUUGACAGUACGAACAUAAACACAUACCUAACAGUAUUCAGCAGUUUAUUCACUGUGUACCAGCCAAUGCUGAUUGACAGCUUCAUUGAAACUCUCCCUCAGGCUUUAAUUUGCGUUUUGGCAGACCGACAGCAUUGUGGAUGGCAAGCAGAUUUAACAAGUACUGUUUCAUCUGCACUGAAUGAACAGUUAGUUUCAAUGAUCUCCUCUGUUAAAGCGCAAGCCUGCACUGCAACAUCUAGUCUGAGAACGCAGGACUCGACCACAGCUCAGUUAAACUCUCUUCAGGAGACGCUGAUGAAUGUUUUGUCCUCAGACCUCCCACUUCAACUGCUGUCAGACAGCUUUUUAGCCUUUUGGAAUAGUUUCAUGGACAUGGCAAUUCCACCUGCGAUGUCUCUAAUGUCUGAUUUCAUGUUGAAAGCGCUUCAGACUCCAGUGGAUUUUUUAAACCUUGGAUUACAGAUUGGCAUUAAGAUCCCUAACUUAGACCAGAGUACGGCAUGUCAACAAGGUGACCUCAAACAGCUUAUAAUGUGGUGCGCUUUGCACUCUCACUACAAGCAGAGUAAGGCCAAAGCCAAAGUGAACCACGAUUCAGAGCACUCACACUUCUCAAACUAA